CAGGGAAGUUCUUUCCGGAUCGUUUGACCACGGAACAUGUCUACAGCAAUUCCUCCUGGUCUUUGCGCAUCUCUGUGUUUCACAGGAGCUGCUGGGCACGUUGUGUGGAGCAGAAGUGUUGCAAGCAUUUUUUCACUUGAAAGGUGUGACCACUGGCAGCGAGCUUGCCCAGUGGCUGCGAGUGCGUCCGGAAUGGCAACAUCUACCGAGCCCGACAUGCUCCUAGCCUGCUCAUCCCAGAUGCCGACCAAAAAGCUAUGCUCCUGUCGCGAGGGAAACAAUGGUCAUUGGUAACAAUUCGGAGGACGUUUCCGCAGCACAUUCUUGCGUGGCCCAAGGCAGCCAUGUUCAUGCCUGUCCGUGGUCUCGGGCGCUCCUCCAGAGGUAUAAGAGAGGCAUGUGUCUCCUCCACCGCCUUCAACCCAACUGCACCUCCCUUCAGAGCACCUCGCUUCUAAGUCUCACAGCUGCCUCCUUUUUUCAUGAUUGUCUGGGUUUCAUCUCUCCUAUGCGAGGCCGAUAAGCUACUACCACAUUACUCUCACCUUACGCCAUUAUUAUCUCCGCAACACUUUCACACAGCGACACGCUACUAGGUGCGAUCGACGCAGGGAGCUCGCGAGCUGCCGUCGCGUUCCGUCAACCAACGGUGCGCGACACAGGCUCCAACUCACGCUCCUCGCGAAGCACGAGUACCGAGGUACCGAGCCGUCGGACGCCAAGGACGAGUUUCACGUCGACAACGGCUGUGGGCUCUGCGGAACCUGAGAGCCAGAACAUUUCUGGCAUCAAGGAGAUACACUCGAAGCCCCCAUACCCCUUGGAUGUUGAGCAACAUCUACACGUGGGGUCACUUCGUUUGUCUAGUCGGUCUUAUACUUGCUCUCGUAGUCCUCGCCUCGACUCUCCACGAAGGCGUCGCGGUACCUCGUAGUCUGACUACCAGGGUUCCCCACUACACCCUGGUCCUUGACCACCCGAUUUACCACCCAUGGUACAUAUUUCGCGCCGACCUCAUCGCUCUCGGCGUCCGUGCCAUCCCGAGGUGAUAGGUCGAGAACUCGCCGUUCAAAGGGCGCUUCAAUUCCUCCCGCCGGUGCAACCCAUUUUAACACGACACCCUCGUCCCAGAGCUGAAAUACCCCUGAACCACAGGCAUCUGCACUCCUCCUAUCGCAUCGUCGACCAUUCCCGGCGCUCGUCACUCACCCACCAUCCAC